AUGCGUCCGCUUCGAGGUGAGGAGCAAGGUCUCCUCGCUCGAUCCCACGAUGGUCUCUCCACGCCGCUGUGGACGCCGACGCACGAAGAUGGGCCUGCAGAGCUUCUCAUCAAGACCGGUGUCGAAAGUGCUCCUGCUUGGAAUCAGAUGACAUCAAGGCAACGCACAUUGGUGUACGUCACUUUUGGCCUGCUUGGUAUGGGCGUCUUGCUACCCUUCAACUCGCUCAUCACGCCAGCAGAGUACUUCAGGUCCUCCUUUGCACACACACCGUACGCCAAUACAUUCAGCAGCUGGAUCACUGUCUCGUAUAACGUUAUCAGCAUCCUUGCCGGCAUCCACGCGACUGCAACUGGUGGUUUCGAGCGAUGUAGCCCUCGCCGAAGGAUUACGCUCUCUUGCGUCCUCAUCAUCGCUUCGGUCUUCUGCUUUGCUCUCUCGACUAGAUUCGGAGACUUCACAAAUCGAUCUGAACACCACGAUGACGGCUCAACAGUCAAGCCCAGCAACACCUACUUCUAUUUCACUUUGUUCGUCGGCGGCUUGCUAUCGAGCGCAUGCGCUUACCUACAGAACAGUGUGGUCUCGCUCAGUACUGCAUUUGGUGCAGGUGGCUCCUUCAUGGGCUCAAUGCUUGCCGGUCAAGGUGCGGUGGGUGUGGGAAUCAGCAUCUUUGGCUUCGCUUCUGCUUGGUCGCAGCAGUCCGGUGCUGAGCCUGAUCAAGGUGCUUCCGCUAUGGACGAAACAGCACAAGGAAGCGCCCAAAGCAUUGCUCGCGCUGCCACCCUCUUCUUUGGCAUGAAUACGCUUCUCAUGAUGGGAGUCCUUGCGGCAUUCCUCUGGCUCGUCAACACGCCGUUAUAUACACAAGUGAUGGCCAAGCAGAUCGCCACCAUCGACAAGAUCGAGGACGAACGUGACGACGAUGAUGAUGUAGAAGACCGUCUCGCUGCAUCAGACCCUCAUAUGACACAGAGCUGGCACUCGGUCAGAUCGAUCUCACAUCCUGCUUACAGCUCUUGGCUCAAGAAAGUGCCCGGCUUUUACCGAUUGUCGCCGACAACAAGAGAGUCGUUGUUACGCAUCUCGUUGGUACAAUCCAAAGUCAAAUGGGACUGCGCUGCGGUUGCAUUUGUCUUUGUUGUCACACUCAGCAUCUUUCCCGCACUCACCUCUUCGGUGCAGAGUGUCUACACCGGUGCGACAAAAUCAGGGUCGAGUCCAGUCGACUUGACUUCACCACAGCUCUUCGUGCCAUUCCACUUUUUCCUUUUCAACCUCUCAGAUUUGCUAGGCCGAACACUGCCAAGUGUGGUACCAGCAGCAUUGAUACGAAAGGCAAAGGCACUGUUCUUGCUCUCACUGUUGCGAUCGCUCUUCGUUCCGCUCUUCAUGGCGUGCAAUGUAGUGUCGACGAGUCAAAGGACAGGUCCGAUCAGCAGAGCUAGCAACGGUGGGCGGCCAGAUGGAUGGCUCGCCGGGCUGAUGCAGUCGAACGAUGCUCCUUUCUUCGGGUUGAUGUUGCUGCUCGGCUUCUCGAAUGGACUUGUUAGCACAUGCAUCAUGAUCUCGGGUCCAUCGAGAAGUAAGCUCGUCAACUCCAAGGGUGCCAGUGAGGGCCCUUUGGCGGCGACAUUGCUUUCCUUCUGGUUGUGUGUUGGUCUGGCUAUUGGAAGCGGGUUGAGUUUCCUCACUGUCAAGUCAUAG